AAAGUCACAAGACAUACAUGACAUGACAUAUCCUUCUACUUCGUAACAAAAAUCCCUUCAUUUCUCCAUCUUCCCUCCAACCAUGUCUUGCAACGCCACCGAGCUCCUCCCCCUCCUCGGCGGCUCGGCCAACGCAACGGCCGCGGCCGCCUACUUAUGUGACCGUUUCACAUCGGUCACAUACGCGGUGGACACCACGUACCUCCUUUUCUCAACCUACUUAGUCUUUGCCAUGCAACUUGGGUUCGCUAUGUUAUGUGCCGGGUCAGUCCGGGCCAAGAGUACUAUGAACAUCAUGCUUAUCAAUGUUCUUGAUGCUGCUGCUGGGUCUCUUUCUUACUACCUCUUUGGGUUUGCCUUUGCCUAUGGAGCCCCCUCUAACCCAUUCAUUGGACGUAGGUUCUUCGCCCUUAACGACGUGCCCGAGCCCGGGUUCGACUAUAGUUUCUUUUUGUACCAAUGGGCCUUCGCAAUCGCGGCCGCUGGGAUUACUAGUGGCUCAAUAGCCGAGCGUACAAAGUUCGUUGCUUAUCUUAUAUACUCCUCGUUUUUGACCGGGUUCGUGUACCCGGUUGUGUCCCAUUGGUUUUGGUCCGCGGAAGGGUGGGGUAGCCCGUUUAAUACGGGUAACUUAUUGUUCGGGUCGGGAGCCAUUGACUUUGCUGGGUCCGGUGUGGUUCACAUGGUUGGCGGGAUAGCGGGCUUGUGGGGGGCUUUAAUCGAGGGCCCGAGGAUCGGCCGGUUUGAUCGUUCGGGCCGACCCGUGGUCUUAAGAGGGCAUAGUGGUACAUUGGUGGUGCUUGGAACUUUCUUGCUUUGGUUUGGUUGGUAUGGGUUUAACGCCGGGUCCUUUUUGACUAUUCUUAAGCCCUAUGGGGCUCCUGGAGGAUUUUAUGGUCAAUGGAGUGCUGUUGGAAGGACAGCUGUCACCACUACAUUGGCUGGAUCAACAGCAGCGUUGACUACCUUGUUUGGUAAGAGGUUGUUAGUGGGUCAUUGGAAUGUAAUUGAUGUGUGCAAUGGGCUUUUGGGCGGGUUUGCGGCUAUUACUUCCGGGUGUUCAGUUGUUGAACCAUGGGCUGCCAUUAUAUGUGGGUUUGUGGCUGCUUGGGUCUUGAUCGGGUUCAACAAAUUGGCCGAGUUACUCAAGUAUGAUGACCCACUCGAGGCGGCCCAAUUGCACGGCGGGUGUGGCGCUUGGGGUUUAAUCUUUACCGGCCUAUUCGCGUCAAAGCAAUUCGUUGAAGAAGUAUAUGGUUCCGAUCCCGUAAGACCCUUUGGGCUAUUCAUGGGCGGCGGGGGGAGGCUAUUAGCCGCUCAAGUAAUCCAAAUCCUCGUCAUAGCCGGGUGGGUCAGUGUCUUAAUGGGUCCACUUUUUUACACACUUAAAAAACUUGGACUCUUAAGAAUCUCCAGCCAAGAUGAGAUGGCGGGUAUGGAUCUAACCAAACACGGUGGAUUCGCCUACAUGUACAAUGACGAAGAUGACUUUUCACAAAGACCCACCAUUCCGAUGACCAGAGUGGAGCCCACUGGCACAAACCCCGAUGGUACACGUGUGUGAUCAAAUGAUGCAAAGACGAGUAAUUAUGCAAUUAAGUUGAAAUAUGAGUAGCUAGGUUGGACAAUUUGGUGUUGUUCGUGUUUUGCUAAAUUCUUGCUUCAAUUCUUGUAUAUUCUUACACUUGUAAUUUGUUUUAGCCAAAAAUAUAUUGAUUUUCUUGUGUGGAUAAAAAAAAAAGCGUUUUCGAUCUCUAGCCAAAAUGUGUACUACUAUUAGUUAAAAUAUGAUUAUACAAAGUAUCAUUUUUUAAAGGUGACUACUA